AUGGACGGUGGUGAGUUACGCGGUGGAGAUAUGGGGGUGGAGAGAAAGGGAAGAGGUGGAGAGAUUACAGGACAGAUAUUUGAGAUGGAUAAUAGGAGUAGGUUGGAAUACGCCGGGAUAUAUGGAAAUACGAAUUUGGAAAAAUUAGCUGCCCAUACCGUAAGAAAAUUAGGAUUGUGUGAAGAUCAUUUCCUUGCUACGUCAUUUACAAACACAACGAAAGAACGAUUAAACAGAAAUGCUGUACCAAUUGCAUAUGAAAACACUGCUGACUCAUCUAUACACAUAGAAAAUGUUGAAAGUGAAAUACAAAACAAUAUUACAGCACUUCCACCUAACGAUGAAAAUGUAAUAAUGGAGGAACAAAUGGUUGAAGAGUGUGCUCAGCGAACGUACAGGCCUGCAACUUUAAAUUUCGAAAUGUCUGCGGAAGAGGAAGACAUAAUGGAAUGGGUGCAUUUGGAGCCACCUAAACAUCAAGAUAUUAAAUGUAAUAGGCCUGAAAAAAGUAUUAAAUACAAAGAUGAUAGCAUUCAAAGAAAUAAUAAAAAGAAAAGUGAUCCAAAAGCAGAGAUAAAAGCCUUGAAAAUUGUGCACGAAUAUGCGGAGACCGGCAAUCGCGGAUCGCGCGGUUCGGCUCAACUCGCGCACCAACGAAUUUUAUUUGGCGCCGACACAAGUUCCGACUGGAACUCCGGGAGAUCAUCAGCAUUUUGCCGUUUAAGGAAAGCAGGUUGCAAUUUUCCUGGACAGAGAACAAUUAGAAGAUGGGUAGAAGAAUAUAACAUAAAACCAGGAUUUUGUGAUAUUAUAUUUCAAAAAUUAAAAGAAAAAAUUAUACAAAUUCCUGAGGAAGAAAGAUUGUGUGCUUUAAAAUGGGAUGAGAUGUCCAUUAAAAACUAUGAAGAAUAUUCGUCGAAAUUAGACCAAAUAGAAGGACUCGUUGAUCUAGGACCCUUGGGCAAGCAAUCAGAAAGAAAUAAAUUGAAUGAAACGGGUGCUAAUGUAAAAUUUGUAACAUGUGAUCAAGGUACAAAUAAUCAAGCCGCUUACAGUCAACUAGGCGUUGAAGUGCAAAAACCAUAUUUUAUAUAUAAUAAUAAAAAAUAUUAUGCUUCACAUGAUUUUCCGCAUCUAGUUAAAAGAUUAGCGAGUUUUCUCAGAACGCAUGACAAUAUAUAUUGCAAAGGAGAAAUAAUUGCAUCAUAUUCUGAUUUUGUAAAAACCUGGGACAUUGAUAAUGCGACAGAAGGAGGCUCGAAUUUAUUAUCCCAUAUUUCACAGGCACACAUUCAUCCGAAUUGUUUUGAAGCGAUGAAUGUAAAAAGAGCUUUUCAAUUAUUUAGCCAUACAUUCGCAGCUGCUAUUAAAGUAGCCGGUAGCGAAAAAGCAUUAAAUUCAAAUACAUGGGAAGCGACAGCUGAUUUUGCAAAGAAUAUGAACAACGUAAUUGAUGCUUGUAACUCUUACAGUCUUAAAGUCACAUUCGGCGGAAAACGGCCAUUAUCAAGGAAAAAUCCUGAUAUUGAGGAUCUGUUAUCAAAGUUCGUGCAGUGGUGUCCAGGAUGGUCCAAAUAUCCGAACAAAAUAUAUCAAGUUCCUUGUUUCAAAGGAUUAUGCAACCAGGAUUCAGUGGAACAUUUAUUUUCAAAACUUCGGCAACGUGGAGGAUUUAAUCCUAAUCCAACUGCAAGAAUGGUUCGACUAUCAAUUAGACAUAUAUUAUCCACUGGUUAUAUUCAGACAAGCGAUCAAGGGAAUGUGCAAUGUCCUGAAAGUGAAGCUCUCAUUAAUAAACCAAAUCAAAUUACUAAGACGGUUGAAAAUUGUAUGAGUACAAAUAAUGUUAGUGCUGUUGAUGAUGUCGAGGAAGACGUAGAUGAUGCCGAUCUAGUUACAGAAUUACUUGACAAACAUGCGGAUAUCCUCGAGGAAUAUGAUGUGGACAUGAACAAUGUAAGUAUACUCAGUAAUUAUGAUGAAAAUGCAAUAACGUAUUUUGCAGGAUAUAUCGCACGACCUUGUAUUGAAAAAAAUAAUUGUGAAGACUGUCGUGCAACUAUGUUGAAAACGCCAAUGGAGGACGCAACACCAAGUGAAAGAUACAUCGAAUAUCGUGAAUAUCCCAACACAGAUGAAGAUGCUCCAACCGUAACGAAAUUAGUUCGACCAACGAACCUCUUUACAAAUGUUAUCAAAACGCAGUUGAUAAGUUUCAAUAGAACGUGGCAACAUCAUUGGGCAUCCACACAGGUUCUUGAGAAGAUUAUGAUGGUUUUCCAAUACAAACGAAAAACAGACCAAGCAACAUGGACGGAGACCAAUCUAAAACGUGCUAUGGAUGCAGUUAAUGAGAAAAAAGAGUCUAUUACAUCAGCAGCUAAAAAGUACCAGAUUCCGUAUACAACUUUACAACGGCAUAUGAAGUCAGGGAACUGUACAAAAAAGUUGGGAAG